AUGAGAACAUUAUCUCCGAGGCCGUCCCAAGCAUACAAACAGGACCGCGAGGCGAACCGACAACACGGCGCGCUCCUGGGCUGGUUGUCAGCGACCCUUGGCCUUGAUGACGACGAAGAGGACGACGCGCUCCUGGGCCGGUUGUCAGCGACACUUGGUCCUGAUGACGACGAAGAGGACGAUGCUGCGCGGACGGAGAUGGUAUUCAAGACUCAGACUGUUACAGAACCCUCGCUCCAUCUAGGCUGGGUCCUCUGGCUCCAGAAGACAGCUGGAACGGGCUCGGAUGCAUUUGUCACAAUCGAUCCUACCGAGCCCUGCCCGCGGCGCGUGGUUCGAUUGCAAUAUCUCGUCUGGACAAAAUGUGAACUCAAGCGUCAAGAGCUCGUGAGACCUACAGCAAACUGGGUUGCGUUGCCUCCAGCAUGGCAGAAUACCUCGGGCGGAUUGAGGACCCAACCGAGAAGGAGCUUGAGCAGGAGCGCUUGA